GUUUGAUAUAUUUUAUUAUACGACGCGAGAGUCACGAUCGCCACACGUCGGUCAACGAUAUCAAUAAUUACGUUUAACUGCGCAGUGAUAUGGCAAAAUCCGAAUGCUUUUUUGGUUUUUUAAACGUAUGCGGAUGUGCUCUCUCAAUAGCUACGUUCAACAUGGGUUUUUUUUCGCUUUGCGUCAUCAUAAUAAUUAUUCUUCUAUAUAAAGAGGAUAAAUUAAUGAUAACUGAUCAAACUUUUGCAAAGUUUUUCAAAAUAAUAGCAAUUCUACUUUUAUUAUUCUUACUACAUUUAAUACUUUACUUCAACAAUAAAUUGAAGAAAGCAACAUUUGUGCACAAUAUUCUAUUCAUUCGACAGUGGUUGAUGUUUCAUUGUAUAUUUUACACAUUAUUAUCUACUUUAUUGUGUUAUUAUCUAUUUAUAAAUCUACAUUAUAAAAUUGUAAUUGUCACAGUUAUUAUUAUAAUUAUUACGGAAAUAUAUCAAAUACACAUAGUUCGAAGGUUUUAUAACAACGAAUUAGAACACUUAGCCACUUCAAGUUGUAACGCAGACAAAACAAGGUGCUUUAAUUUUACACCAAUUCAAAUGGAGGAAAUAAGUGUUAAGUAUACCCAAUAUAAAUGUAUAAAAAUGCCAAACUAAGAUACUAUAUUUCAUAAGAAUAUAC